AUGGAGUCCGUGUUUUUCGAACUUGUCCUGCGAUGCUGUCCCGGCGGACGUCAUACACACAGUGUGGAGGAUGGGACGGCCAGCGACGAGGAACAGCGCCCUCUACUGGAAAGACCUCAAACAUCCGUCCCAAGAAAAGAUUACGAGAGUCUGGAUUAUGAUCGUUUCUUCAACAAGCCAUAUGAAGAUCUGCUGGAAAGACAAAGAAAAGAACACUCUGAGGCGAAACUCGGAAUCAUCAAAUGGAUAGUUACUUUUAUUGUUGGAUUCUUAACAGGAAUGGUGGCAUUGUAUAUUGACGUGCUGGUUAAACUCCUGACAGCUUUCAAAUUCUCAACUGUAGAUAAGUCUAUCCAGACCUGUUCUAAAGAUGGCUGUCUGGUCAUCUCGCUCCUCUGGUUACUUCUCUUCAACGUCGGCUUCGUCGUCAUCGCGUCCUGCCUCACAGUGUACGAGCCGGUUGCUGGCGGGUCAGGAAUACCGGAAAUAAAAUGCUACCUGAACGGAGUCAAAGUACCCAACAUGGUCCGUCUGCACACUCUGGUGGCGAAGUCUGUGGGUGUCUUAUUCAGUGUAGCAGGAGGUUUGUUCGUUGGCAAAGAGGGACCCAUGAUCCAUAGUGGGGCGAUCAUCGGUGCAGGUGUCCCACAGUUCCAGAGUUUGGCGUUUAAGAAAAUAAAUUUCAAUUAUUCCGUCUUCAGGACCGACAGAGAUAAAAGAGACUUUGUGUCGGGAGGAGCGGCGGCCGGUGUGGCAGCUGCGUUCGGUGCUCCGAUAGGGGGCGUUCUGUUCAGUCUGGAGGAAGGUUCGUCAUUUUGGAAUCAGAAACUGACAUGGAGGACCUUCUUCUGUUCAAUGGCCGCGACGUUUUCCUUAAACUUCUUCCUGUCAGGAAUCGACAAACACAGCUGGGGGUUCUUUUAUCUACCUGGACUUAUAGACUUCGGAGAAUUCAAGUGUCACGGGAAGGAAACCGACUGUCGUUUGUGGAAUGCCAUUGAUCUCUUUAUCUUCGUUCUCAUUGGUCUGAUUGGUGGACUCCUGGGCGCCAUUUUCAACACGCUGAACAGCGCACUUACUGUCUACAGAAUGAAACACGUCCACAAAAAACACAAAAUAUAUAGAAUUUUAGAGGCCAUGUUGGUUGCCAUGUUAACAACGACGAUUGCCUUUGUAGCGGCCAUGACGUUAGGAGAAUGUCGCAAGAUGCCAACGCAGGUUAACGGUACGGAAACAAUUGAAGGCUCCGUGAGGACUUAUUUUUGUAAAGAUGGUUACUAUAACGACAUGGCGACUCUCUUCUUCAACUCGCAGGAAGUUGGCAUCAAGCAGCUUUUCCACCAGUCGGGAACAUUCAGCAUGCCUACUCUUGGUAUAUUCUUCAUCGUGUUCUUCUUCCUGGCCUGCUGGACGUACGGGGUGGCGGUCCCUAGUGGUCUGUUUGUGCCCAGUCUCUUCUGUGGAGCCGCGUAUGGCCGGUUUAUAGCCAACCUCUUGGAAAACUACAUCGGAUAUGACACCGUGUAUUCGGGAACCUUCGCUUUGAUUGGUGCGGCUGCCUUUUUGGGAGGAGUUGUACGCAUGACAAUUAGCCUGACCGUCAUACUGAUCGAGUCAACCAAUGAAAUCAGCUACGGGCUGCCGCUUAUGCUUACAUUAAUGGUUGCCAAAUGGGCAGGCGAUGUUUUCAAUGAGGGUCUCUAUGAUAUCCACAUCACUUUGAAAGGCGUGCCGCUUCUAGAGUGGGAUGUAUCGUCAGAGGCGUCCAGAUUAAAGGCAAGGGACAUAAUGGAUAGAAAACUCGUCGUCGUGUUUCCCAAAACAAGAGUUUCUUCCCUUGUCAGGAUUCUAAAAACGACCGUGCACAAUGCGUUUCCGGUUGUGACCAUGUCCGACAGAAACGAGUGUGAUCUCAUGAACAACCUUCAGAAUGAUGUGAGUUUCUACUUCAAAAUAGUAUUUUCUUAA